GUGAAUCUCCCACCACAACAGUUAUUCAAACAACUGUAGGACUAACCACAACAAAUGUUCCAACAACUCUGGUUCCAACCACCUCAAGUACUCCAAAUAACAUUGAAACUACAAUGACAAAUCUUUCAACAACCACAAGUGAAACACCAACAACUACAACUGAAGCUCCCACCAGAACAGAUGCUCAAACAACAAUUGCACCAAACACAGUGGUUUCUGAAACAACUACUGCAACACCAACCAAACUUUCUCCAACUGCAACUGUAGCUCAAAUAACAACAAAUCUUCCAAUUAUAACUGAAUUAACAACCACAACAUUUACUACUUCAACUACAACUGAAGCUCCAAAAAAUACAACUGAACUUCCCACCACAACUGUUGUUCAAACAGAAAAAGAACCAAAGACUACAGUUGCUCAAACUACAACUGUAGCUCAUCCCACAACAAUUGGUUCAACUGCAGUUGCAGUCAUAUCAAAUAUUUCACCUACAACUGAAGCUCCAACCACUACAAAGUGGUGCAACUCAACAAGUGCAGCUCCAAGAAUGACAAGUGAGCCUCGGACCAUAACAGUUGCUCAAACAACUAUUCCACUAACCAAAGGAGUUGCUCAUACAACAGCUGCAACACCAACCAAAAAUUCUCCAGCUACAACUGUAGCUGCAACAACAACUAUUCCAUUGAGUACAACUCAAGCUCCAACCCACGAAAAUCUUCCAAAACUUACAAUUGAAGCUCCUGGCUACAACAAUGGGUGCAACAAUGAUGGAGGAUCAAUCCACAACAAUAAAGACCACAAGCCUCAAACAACAAAGGAAGCAACGCUAACAACCACAGAAUAUUCAUCAGGCUUAGUUUCAAUUUCAACUGAACCUCCCACCCCAAGAGAUACUCAAACUACUACAGUCGUAACCACAUCAAGUAUUCCAUCUAAAACCGAAACUCCAACCGCAACAAACCUUCCAACUACAAUUGAAACACCAACAGCUAGAACUGACUCAGUCACCACAACAGUUGAUCAAGAAACAACAAUAGCACAAGCCACAACAACGUUGCCAACUACAACUGCAUCUCCAACCCCAACAUUUACUACUUCAACUACAAGUGAAACUGCUACAAGUGAAACGGAACCUCCCACAACAACAGCUGGUCAAAUAACAAUGGUACCAACGACAACAGUUGCUCAAACUACAACAAUAGUUCCAACAACAACUAUUCUUUCAAGUACAACAGCUGCUCUUACCAGAAACAGUGUUUCAGCUGUAGUUCCAACCACAUCAAGUACUCCAAAUAAAAUGGAAACUACAACAACAAAUCUUCCAACAACUACAAAUGAAAUACCAACAACUACAACUGAACCUCCCCCCACAACCCAUGCUCAAACAACAAGAGUACCGAAGACUACAGUUGCUCAAACUACAACUGUAGCUCCACCCACAACAAGUGGUCCAACUGCAGUUGCAAAUAUGUCAAGUAUUUCACCUAUAACUGAAGCUCCAACCACUACAAAGUGGUGCAGCUCAACAACUACAAGAGCAGCUCCAAGAACAACUAGUGAGCCUCGGACCAUGACAGUUGCUCAAACAACAAUUCCCUUAACCAAAGGAAUUGCUCAAACAACUACUGCAACACCAACAACAACUAUUCUUCCAAGUUCAACUGUAGCUCCAACCACAACCAGUGUUGCAACAGGUGAAUCUCCCACCACAACAGUUAUUCAAACAACUGUAGGACUAACCACUACAAAUGUUCCAACAACUCUGGUUCCAACCACAUCAAGUACUCCAAAUAACAUUGAAACUACAAUGACAAAUCUUCCAACAACCACAAGUGAAACACUAACAACUACAACUGAAUCUCCCACCAUAACAGAUGAUCAAACAACAAUUGCACCAAACACAGGAGUUUCUCAAACACAAACAACUACUUCAACACCAACCAAACUUUCUCCAACUACAACUGCAGCUCAAAUAAGAACAAAUGUUCCAAUUACAACUGAAUUAACGACCACAACAUUUAUUACUUCAACUACAACUGAAGCUCCAAAAACUACAACUGAACUUCCCACCACAACUGGUGUUCAAACAGCAAAAGAACCAAAGACUACAGUUGCUCAAACUACAACUGUAGUUCAUCCCACAACAAUUGGUUCAACUACAACUGCAGUUGCAGUCACAUCAAAUAUUUCACCUACAGCUGAAGCUCCAACCACUACAAAGUGGUGCAGCUCAGCAAGUGCAGCUCCAAGAAUGACAAGUGAGCCUCAGACCAUAACAGUCGCUCAAAAAACUAUUCCACUAACCAAAGGAGUUGCUCAUACAACAGCUGCAACACCAACCAAAAUUUCUCCAGCUACAACUGUAGCUCCAACAACAAAAAUUCCUUCGAGUACAACUCAAGCUCCAACUCACGAAAAUCUUCCAAAACUUACAAUUGAAGCUCCUGGCUACAACAAUGGCAAACCUUCCAACUACAAUUGA